AUGGAUAACCCAAGGGUUUCUUUAGAACAAAAACGCGUAAUGAUAGCUUCGAAAAUUACUAAACUUCAGGAUGAACUAACAGCUGAAGGUGUUAAAACUAAGUCCAUUAACUAUCGCUUUACAAAAGUAAAGGAAUUAUUUGAACAAUGUGGAGAACUUAUUGAGAAACUCGAAUUAACUACACCAGAGGAUAAUGAAGUAAAUCUCGCGGAAGACGUUCGUACAUUAUUUUACGAUCUUAUGGAUCAAUUUGAAAAGUUAACUCAAUUGAAUAGAACUAACCAUAAUAAUUCACAUAAUGCAAACAUUAGUACGAAUAAUACUACAGCGGGAAAUACUACCUUUGUUGAGACUCAACGACUUGCUAAACUCCCUACUACUGAUUUACCUAAAUUCGAUGGUAAUUUUGAAAAUUGGCUAUCUUUCAAAAACACAUUUAAAACACUUAUUGAUACACGUAAUGAUCUUGAUGAUCUAAACAAAUUUUUAUACCUCCGCGGAUGUUUAAUUGGCUCAGCAACUAACAAGCUAGCGCUUUUUGAUGCGAGUGCAGAGAAUUAUAUUAAAGCUUGGGAUUUUUUAACUAAAACAUAUCAGAAGAAAAGAGCAUUAAUUUGUAAACAUUAUGACUCGAUACUUAAUCUUAAUACAAUUUCGAUCCCAACAACAGAUAAUUUAAACAAGUUGAUAGAUGAUGCUCGGCAACAUAUAAAUAAUCUACAGUCAUUUCAAAUUAAUAUUACCGAAUCCUUACUUGUACGAAUAUUAGAAAAUAAGUUACCAUCAGAAAUUAAAAACAAAUGGCAAGAAACGUUCACUGACAACGACACUCUCCCAACAUUCGAAUCAUUUUGUGAAUUUAUCUCAAACUUUGCCUUCAGACUUAAUACACACAGACCCGAUAAACAUCGCGAUUCCGAUCAUUCUUCCAAACGAAGACGUAAUGAACACUCGAAUAAUAAUUUGAAGAAACAAAAACUGACACGCCAGUUCGAGCUUUAG